CCACAGCGAGCAGUAAAAUGUUGACGUGUAUUUUAGUUCAGUUGGUCCAGUUGUCAGAACCGGUGUUUCCAUUUUAGAGACAUUUUAUGACUUUACUGUAAGGUCCAGCUGUUUGUCACAAUGUCCGGGGAGAUUUCUAUGAUCGGUUCGGUGAUCCUGGCCCUGUUUCUGGCUGGGUAUCUGGGACAGCAGUACUUGCCUCCCCCCAAACCCAAAGUGAUCGGCCUGGACCUGGGCACCACCUUCUGCUCGGUGGGAGUCUUCCUCCCGGGCAGCGGGGAGGUGGAGGUGAUCGAAGAUGAACAGGGGAGGAAGAGCAUCCCUAGCGCGGUUUCCUUCACCAGCACUGCGGUGCUAGCCGGGUACGAAGCCAUGGAUGUGGCGGACAGCAACCCUCAGAACACCGUAUACGAUGCUAAGAGGUUCAUUGGGAAGAUAUUUGAGCCGGGUGUCCUGGAGCAGGAGAGCGCCAGGUACCCGUUCCAGGUGGUAAACAACAAUGGAAGUGCCGAGUUUGUAAUCUCCACCAACCGCACCUUCACCGUGAGCCCAGAGUUCAUCAGCUCCAGGCUGCUGAUGAGGUUAAAAAAGAUGGCUGAGCGACAGCUAGGCGUGCCCAUCCAGAAGGCCGUCAUCUCGGUGCCCGCAGAGUUCGACGAGCGACAGAGGAACUACACGGUCCGUGCCGCAAACCUUGCAGGUUUGGAGAUCUUGCGUGUGAUCAACGAGCCGACGGCUGCAGCCAUGGCCUACGGCCUGCACAAAGUGGACGUGUUCAAUGUGCUGGUGGUGGACCUGGGGGGAGGGACUCUGGAUGUGUCUCUGCUCAACAAACAGGGAGGCAUGUUUCUCACCAGGGCAAUGGCAGGUAAUAACCAGCUGGGAGGUCAGGACUUCAGCCAGAGGUUGUUGCAGUACACCAGUGAGCGAGUCCAGCAGCAGUUCGGCGUCGCCCCCGUCCUCAAGGAGGACACCCACCGUCUCCGACAGGCUGUGGAAGCCGCCAAGCUCAACCUCACCCUCCAUCCCAGCGCCUUAAUCUCCGUUCCCCUCCACCUUCACGCCUACAAUGGCUCUGGGUCCCCAGAGGGUCCCGCCCUUCCUCCGGUUCAAUUCCAGGUGGAGGUCAGUCGCGAGCUGUUUGAAGAGCUCAACCAGGACCUCUUCCUGAAGAUCCUGGUCCCGGUGAAGACGGUGCUGACCGAGGGCCACCUGCAGAAAGAGGACGUGGACGAGAUCGUUCUGGUGGGAGGGUCCACCAGGAUACCGCGCAUCAGGCAGCUGAUCAGCGAGUACUUUGGGAAGGAUCCCAACACGUCGGUGGACCCCGACCUGGCUGUGGUCACGGGCGUGGCCAUCCAGGCCGGCAUCAUGGGCGGCUCCUGGCCGCUGCAGGUGAGCGCCCUAGAAAUCCCCAACAGACACCUUCGCAAGACCAACUUCAACUGACCCUGAAUCAGGAGGAGGGAGGCUGCUGGUUCCUGUUCCCGUCCACCGCGACGCUCCCGGUGGUUGGAGAGAAAUGGCCGACACAAGAAGCAUCAUGUUUCUGGCUGCAAGCCUAACGUGUGGCUUCUUGAACUUUCUGUUUCCUCCCUGAGUGAGAAAUGUGUCACUUACAAACAAAAAUGUGUUGAAACACUUUUCCCGUGUAGGUGACUUUAAAACAUGCUUGCUUUUAUUGCACACUCAGCUUCAGCAGUAACAACCUGUUUAGAUGUGUUCACUGCUCUGUAGCAGGAAGUAUUCUGAUCAUCCAGGAAGCAGUUUAUUUAAACUUUGAAGACUAUCAGAACGUUUUUCAUCUAUUUAUUUAUUUAUUCUUGUUGCAUUUCUCUGAGUGUGUGUGUGUGUGUAUGUGUUUUCAAUGGACCUUUGCUCCUCCAUCUGCAAGCUGACACACUGCGUGUUGGUGCCUUUUCAGAAAGCUGCUAAUCUGUGUGAAAGCCUCGCUUCAUGUUGGCGCUUCUCAUACCGCUGGUUUACUGUGAAUCACUGGAACCUAAAAUAUGGCGGUACGCUCAGUUCAUUUUCAGUUUCUCUGCAGAGUGGACUACUUCCCUCAUAACUCAAGUGUUCCGAUGAGGUCCAGACUUUUCAGGUAACAGAAGAGAGAUCGUCCCAGAAUGCUCUCUGUUUUAGUGCCGUGGUUUAUUUGCGGCUAAGUAAAGUAGAGAAGACAUACUGGAUGCACUUUGACUCAUACCUGUUGGCUAACUCUUCUUCUUUUGUGCAAUAACUCGCUGUAAACACAUCAGCUUGGUGUUGGACUGUUUGCUUUGGCGGCUGAAGCUCAGUUCUGACAGUCCAACAGAGGGACCAAAGUGUUGUUCAUCAGUGCCUUGUUUGUAUAAUAUUGUUAAAUGUGUUUUGUUAAAUGCAGAAUGUUUAACAGACAUUUAUGUGAAGUUAUGUCUAAUCUCCACCUGUGUUUCAUACAUCUUUUUACAAACCAGAUUUGAGCUUUUCUGCCUGUGUAGGUUUCAGCCAUGACCUCAUAAAUCACCCAACAUUCCUUCUGUAAAACAUCACAGCGUUGUAUCUUUUGCCAAACUUAAUUUGUAAAAAGAAAAAAAAAAAGUAUAACCUGAAUUCAUGUUGAAUAAGCUUCUGUAUAGAAAUUGUAAAUUUCACACACGCCCUUAUAUACAGAACCUAAGAUCUAUUUUUGUACUGGACGUUUUCAGGAUCAAACCGAAGUUACUUGAUAAAGAAGGGAAACUGCUGUGAAUCGCUGUUUUUCCACAUUAAAAUGUCAUUCCUCAUCAAGUCUAAUGGCCUUUUCUCUAAAACCUCAACCAUAUUGUAACCCAUUCAACCCUUAUCACACUCUGGCUGCCCUUUGCUCUCCUUCCCGGCUCAGAGGUGAACAUUAAGUUAAGAUAAAUUUCAUUUAUCCAACUUUAAUCCUAGGAGUGUGAUGCAGUGUUACCAGUCUGCAUAGAUGCACUGAAAUGUUUGUCCAAUCAAAAUAUUUGUAUUUCUGGACUUUAUUUCCAAUCCAACUAUGCUUUUUCUUUCUAAAUUCUUAGAUUAAUUUCUUAUCAAAAUUUUUUUGUAUCCCCUUAUGGAAAGGUUGGAGGUUUUAUUCACAACAGAUGCAAAAUUGUGCAGCCUAUUUCUGCCUUAAAUAGAUACAGCCUAUAACUUUAUCAGGCCUCUGAGCGGAUGUGAACCACUCACUCAAACCAUGACAAUAAAGCCAAGGGUCAAUAAUAUAACUUAAUUUAAGUCAAGAUUUUCUUUACUUAGAACAUUUCAUGGAACUAGCAACAGUUGGAGAUUAUCUGUGGAACAAUCAGGAUGAAUGUUGUUAUUCUGUCGCAUCGCAGGAACCAAACUAAACCAUACAAUGAAAAAAAAGCAGACUGGUUUCCCAGAAUGUGCUGCCUGUUUAACAAUGUAAUAUCCCUUCAACCGGCUUCACUUUAUUUUCCAGUACAGUAUUUACACCAGACGUCACAUGCAAUAUGUUUCCCAACAUGAAAAUACCAAAGAAUGACAGCAAAUCAAAGGCCAGCCUGUUCAUCUUAUAAUGAUUAAAGUGUCACAUUGUUGAUAAGUUAUCCUUAUGAUUACACAUUCAUCAUAACACUGCACACAAGGUAAAAAAAAAAAAAAAAAAAAAAAUAUAUAUAUAUAUAUAUAUAUAUAUAUAUA